UAUUCAUUCAAUUUUACUUCUCUAAAAUCAUCAAAAUCACAAACCACUAUUUUCGUAAUCCAAAAAAGAUUUGUAAAGUGAAAGUGAAGAAAAGAUGAGUUCUACCAGCAAAGCGUGGACGGUGGCAGUUAGCAUCGGAGUGGUAGAGACGUUGAAAGACCAGUUGGGUCUUUGUCGGUGGAACUACAUGUUCCGGUCGGUGAAUCAGCAUCUCCGUAACAAUGUCAGAACUUAUUCUCAGGGGAAAAGGUUCCCGUCUUCUGUUGCCGCCGCUGUUAACUCGUCCGGUGAGAGUGAAAAGGUGAAGAAGUGUGAAGAAUCGCUCAGAACGGUUAUGUAUUUGAGCUGUUGGGGUCCUAAUUGAUUAGUUGUUAGUUUAUAAUGUAUAGUUUUGUAAUUUCUAAGAUGCCUUUUGAAAAAUGAAGUUUACAUUUAAUUCAGAUUCUCAACCUUGACACACGAUCGAGUCGAUGUAUUCUUUUUAACAAAACCAACAAAAAAAUUUAAGCUAUCGAUCGUUUGCAAUCACAGAUAGAUAUGUUGAUGUAUUGAUCAACUUAAUAGGUAAAUAACUCAACUCCAAAUCGGCUAACUUAUCUUCUUCCAUAUUAAA